CUCAAAUCAAACUAAGUCAACAUGUUCAAGCUGUCCGCCCUCGUUGUCCUCUGCGCCCUCGUGGCCUGCUCUGUGGCCGAGCCCAAGCCCGCUGUCCUGGCUGCUGUUCCCGCCGGUGUGGUCACUGCAACCAGCUCCCAGUACGUGGCCAGGAACUUUAACGGAGUGGCUGCUGCUCCAAUUGUGGCUCCCGUGGCUGCUGCCUAUACUGCCCCAGUUGCUGCUGCUUACACCGCUCCUGUUGCCGCUGCUUACACCGCUCCUGUGGCUGCUGCCUACUCCGCAUAUCCUUACACCGCCUACCCUUACACCGCUGCUUACACCACGGUUUUGUAAGAAGGAUUAAAAGGAUAUACAUAACGGAUUUGAAACGGACUCGAAACGGAAUGAAAAUGCAUUA